AGAAAACAAAAUAAUCGCGCAAUUUUGUCUGCGAGUCUGCGACUUCGUGUACAAUCUGUUCAAUACGUAGCUUCACGUCCAUUCAGUAAUCUACUUUUAUCGAAAACUCGGCUUAACAUUCCUUUAUAGUCGUUAAAUCACGUUACUAGCUGUUAAGGAUUAUUGUUCAUUAGUUGUUUAUACAUUAACUCGUUAUUUUGGAUAUUUAACCUGUUUUUUUUUAAAUUGCAAGUGCCUUUGACGCCGCACGAUGGGUUCCAACAUUGAAAGCGCUGAUUAGCAGCAUACUAAUUAAAAAAGUAAUAUGUUUUUAGUCCUAUAAAAUAAAAUAUCGCACAAAGCGCUGUUUAUCGCGUUAAUAGCGAAGCCACCCUGUAUGAAUUCGUUUCGGAACAGAAGAACGCACUGGCUGCCUCGAUUGCUGGCAUCCCACUGGAGGAAGCAGCUUAUCAGAUUGAUCUGGCACUGAACUUCAUGAAAUACUAUAUGGAACAGGAGGACGACGGACUGCUAGACGAACCAGCCUCCGUGCAUCGCUUAGUUGUUGACACGCGCAAAUCGGUGUUCGAGAUUCUGCUGGAUGUGCACUCGGCUAUGCGUUCCACGUGCGUUGGCUUUAGUCUUUAUUUUGCGGGUGCUGACAGCUCGAAAAAUGCUUUUAUACGUAAACUGUUGGAGUUUAGUAAUUUCGAUACGGGAGCAGCAGACCUGAACAUUCCAGAUCUUACUAUAGAUGUCUCCUUCUGUACGAUGGUUGUUUUUGAUUCCAGUGAUCUGGAGUCAGUUACUGAUGUAGUAGCCAAGGCGUGGGUGAAUUGCUCCGUUCCUUGGACCAUUAGGAGCAUUAUUGUUCAGGAAACUGUCCAGGAGAAGUUUAUCCAACUGUUGGAGAGUAAACUUAAACCAUUUACCGAUAAUGUGCCAUUUGAGAAAGAACUUCGCACUACCGUCAAUAAGGCGUCUCAAACUGGACUGAGAUUAAUUCAAAAUUCGAAAGACAAUCGAGACUUGAAACCAACCCUAGUGUAUGGUUCAAGUGUAGAUUUUCUCUUGGAGAAGGAUAGUAAUGAACCUAGUCCUGUUGUGGUAAUGAAUGUUUUUAGAACGGCAAAGGAGGCGAUCAAUCUCGCAAACAAAGACAACGGUGGAUCUGUGUCACUCUGGACUGAGGAACUUUCGUUGGCUUUGGAGACUGCGUAUGCGGUGGCUGCCCAAAGUGUUUGGGUUAAUUCGCAUGCUGUUUUCAAUCCGGCUUUUCCGUAUACAUUCCGUAGUAAUGAUUACUGUUACGGAUCUCGGUAUGCCGUAUGUGAGAAGAAAGUUAAAACACUGUUCGUACCUACGGCAGAGAAUCCUACUAACGCGGUAGAAAAGAACAAACAAGCGAUUAGCGCACUGGGAAUCAUCCCUAGUGAAGUAGCCGAGCAACGAUUUUCGUUUGUAAGGAAUGAGAAAAACGUCCACUAUGAAAUGAUCAGUAUGCCGUAUAAGAUUGAUAACUACAAUGCCAGUAAUCGUCUCCAGAUUGUGGAAAAUUUCUGGAACAUGUUUCUCACAAUUGAUACCGCCGAUCGUAACUUGGUACUGGAUACCGUUCACAAUCAGCGCAAAACUGUUGUCAUUCCAUACGGAGUUAGCUUCGCUAACUGAUACUAAUUUUCAGAUUAUUGCAUGUUGAGAUUAAUUCGCUUGAAUAAACUCUAUCGUUAUGCUUUUUAUGCGCAGCAAAAUAAAAUAACCAUAUCUAUAGGUGAAAUAUACCGAAACACGGUUCGUUUGGAUGGAAUUAUCAAAUUGGAAUAAGCAUUGUCAUCUUCA